AAAUUUUCAGCAAAGGAAGAAAAGGGGGGGAAAAUGGCUAGUAAUAACAAGGAAAAAUUCGAGAAUUUGGUCAACGUUGAAGAAAAUCAAGUUCCUCUACUGCUGCAUUCAGAGUCAUCCAAAUAUGAAAUUGAUGAUGACGACCAAAAUCUCAGGCGAAGGGUCUUUGUUGAAUCGAAGAAGCUAUGGCAUAUUGUUGGCCCAGCCAUCUUCAGUCGAAUUACCUCCUACUCCAUGAACGUGAUUACCCAAGCUUUUGCUGGGCAUCUUGGCGAUACUGAGCUUGCAGCAAUUUCAAUCAUCAAUAACGUCGUCGUUGGGUUCGAUUUCGGCCUCUUGUUGGGCAUGGCAAGUGCUUUGGAGACGCUAUGUGGACAAGCAUUUGGAGCCAAGAAAUACCACAUGCUAGGGAUAUACAUGCAACGUUCGUGGAUUGUGCUAUUUGCUUGCUGUAUACUACUUCUGCCAAUUUACAUCUUCGCUACACCAAUCUUGAAACUAUUAGGUCAGCCCGCAAACGUGGCUGAGCUCUCGGGUAGUGUUGCCUUGUGGAUGAUUCCUUUGCAUUUCAGCUUUGCCUUCCAAUUCCCAUUGCAGAGGUUUCUGCAAAGUCAGCUGAAGAAUUCAGUGAUUGCUUGGGUUUCAUUGGUAGCCCUGCUUGUACAUAUUUGCACCAGUUGGCUGUUUGUUUAUGGAUUCCAGCUUGGAGUGGUGGGAACCGUCGUGACCUUGAACUUUGCGUGGUGGGUUUUGGCGUUUGGUUUGUUUAUCUACACCGCUUGCGGUGGCUGUCCCCAUACUUGGCCUGGUUUCUCGAUGGAAGCGUUUUCGGGUCUUUGGGAGUUCCUAAAGCUCUCUGCAUCAUCUGGAGUCAUGCUUUGUUUGGAGAACUGGUAUUAUAGAAUACUCAUAUUGAUGACCGGAAAUCUCAAGAAUGCAGAAAUUGCAGUGGAUGCUUUAUCUGUAUGCAUGACAAUAAAUGGAUGGGAGAUGAUGAUUCCAUUAGGCUUCUUUGCAGCAACUGGAGUAAGAGUAGCUAACGAGUUGGGAGCAGGAAAUGGGAAAGGAGCAAGAUUUGCUACUAUUGUUUCUGUGGCGACUUCUACCAUAAUUGGGCUUUUCUUCUGCCUCAUAAUAAUUAUUUUCCACAAUGAAAUUGGUUUAAUUUUCUCCUCAAGCAAACCCGUGCUGGAUGCAGUGAAUCAACUCACUGUCCUCUUAGCCGUCACUAUUCUCCUCAACAGUAUUCAACCAGUUCUAUCUGGGGUAGCAGUUGGAUCCGGAUGGCAAUCACAAGUGGCUUGUGUAAAUGUUGCCUGCUACUACUUGCUUGGAUUUCCACUUGGACUCACAAUGGAAUGGGUUUUUCACCAAGGAAUCAUGGGCAUCUGGGCUGGAAUGAUAUUCGGAGGAACGGUACUUCAGACACUAAUAUUAGUCAUCAUUACUGCUCGAUGUGACUGGGAAAAAGAGGCCCAGAAAGCAAGCAAUCACAUAAAGAAGUGGGCUGUCUUGGCUUAAUAAGCUCUUAUGCAUCCUAAUAUGAAUUCAAGGGG